AUGUCCUUCCCAGCGGCUCCAGCCCUCAGUGUUGGAGCCACUGUCCCAGAGGCUUUGUCCCUUCUUCAACAGCGCCUCUUGGUGGCCGAGGUUGAAGAUCUUACCCAAGAUAUGGGCUCAUCUGCAGCACCCAGAGACCAACUCUUGCAGCCUAUGGAAAAGAGGGACCCCAUUCAGUGGCCUCUAAGCUCAAUGAAGAUGCAGAGUGCUGUUGGGGGAGAUGCCAGGGGGGUGGGUGUGCUGUGGCAACAGUGUGAUUCUCUAGUGAGCCGGGUGUGUCGCAUAGAUUCCUUACAGACCUUAAAACUCACCCUCUUUCGCCUGGAAACUGAAAGAGAGCUGGAUUAUUCUCACGCAACUCGUCUUAAGGAACAGCUGGUGGCCCUGCAGCAGGAGCGUGGCGAGGAGCAAUGGGCCUUUAGGAGGGAUAUAAUGAAGCUAAGGAACCAGCUUUACCAGGCCUGUGAGGAGAGGGAGCAGGCUCGCAGAGAGGUGCAGAGGUUGGGGCAGGCAGUGCAGAUGGCCACUGGUCUAAAGAUGGAUGUGGCCUUGGCUGCAGAGGGACUGAAGAUUGUCAAAGUGCAGUUGAGUGAGAAACUGAUGGAGAUGAAAGAGCAGAUGAACAAGGACUCUGCCUGCUCCUUUGAAGCCAUGAAAUCCCAUAGUGAGUUGUUCCAGUGGGUUGAGGAGAUGGGGAGAAUGGUGGAUAUGGAGAGAAGACAGGCCCGGAUAUUACAAAUGGACUGCCAGGGGCUGCGCUUGGAGGUUCAGACCAGCAGACAGAGACUCCAGGAGGUUCAGGAAAAAGCCAGGAGGCUGCAGGAGCACUGUCAGCAGCUCAAAGAACAAAUAGAGGUGAGGGACUCCCUUGUGUCUGAGCUGAAAACUGAUUUAAAAAGUAUGCGUCUGACCCUUCAGAAGCAGCAAAAAGCAAUGAGUAAGUUACUGAAAGACAGCGGGGAGCUGAGAACUGCUGCUCAUGAAGUACAGGCAGGGGGGAGUUGUGUGGUCCAGCAAAUGAAAGAACAAGACCUGUUGCCGGAGGCAGCCACAUGUAAUAUCCAAGCUGAGCUGCAGGCGACACUCUCAGAGAAAGCUAGCCUACAGAUGGAACUGGAGAAGUUGAAGGCUGACCACGCUCAGCUCAAGCUUAACUCCACAAUUGCCCAAGAGGUUGCUGUCACUCAGAAGGAGCUGUUGGAGCAUACCAUUGAGAGGCUGAAAGGGGAGCUGAACAAACAGGAGGUGGGCUCUCUGAGGUCAGCCUUUCUGAAGCAGGAGGAGGAGAAACAGAAGUUUCUGGGAAAGAUGGCUGCCAUGGAGCAGCAGCAUGGUAAGCAAAUGAUGGAGCAUAUGCUGAAGGAAUUAUUUGACAGCAAGAACAAGCUGGCCUACGAGAAAGACAAGCUACAGAUUUUUCUUCGCAUCAAACCCAUGCAACAGUUUAAAAAAAAACUAGCAUGUCACUUUGAAAUGCUGGAGGCCUGGCGGGAUGAAUCUGGUUCCAGGGGAAGUGUUGUCGGUCAGACUCUGGAAAACAUCCUGGCCUCUCACACCCGACUGCAGCUCAACACCCAGCUCAAGUCUUUAUGGAAUGCUUUGGACACAGCUAAGAUGGAAAACAAGAGGCUAGCACAGAGCCUUGAGCAAGCUCUGUUGACCAAUAGCAGUCUACAGACCAGAUUGGAAAAAGCCAGAAAUCAGCACCAGGCCACCAUUACACAGCGAGAUGAGGAGCUACGCGAGGCACAGACGGAUAUUAAGCAUUUAUCUGAAGAGGUAGCUUCUCUGAAGCAUCAAAUGAGUAAGGACAAUGGGUUUCCAAGGAGAACACUGUACAGUGAAAUCUCAGAGCUGAGAGAGUCUCAUGAGCGGUCUUCAGCAACGUCCGGUGACUUAUCCAGGGCCAAUCAAGAGAUGUGACAGUGGAAGGCGGAGCUAGAGAAGCAGCUGUCCAAUCAGAAAGCUUGUGUCAAGGGGCAGACAAGCCAGCUGAGGCAGCGCUUAGAGAACAGAGUUGCCCAGGACAACUCCCUGGAAGUCAAGGAUAUGGAAUCAGAGCUAAAGCAACUAGAGGCCAUAAAAAACAAGUAUCAGAGGAAGGACAACAAACAGGCCCAGAUGAUUGACCAACUCCAUUGUGAAAGUCAGUCCCUGCAGAAACCAUCUUCCGACAACGAGGAGGUGUUAGUGCACGAGAGGGCGCUAUGCCACAAUCUACAUAACAAGUGUCAAACUAUUGGAUGUGCUGUGAGACUUGAGGAGAGUGUCAGAAGGUUGCAGGAGGACAAAGAGUUGGCUGACAGGAUGCUCAGAGAGACCAGGAUGGAGUUCCAGCAGGUUGCCUAA